UUUUUGCUGUAUUUCCGUGGCUAAAGAUCGACAUAAUCCAAAAGAGGCAGAAGCAGCCUGUCCUCAGCGCGCUUCGUUGCUGUACUGGAUUUAAUGCAACAAGUGCUAUUUGUUUAAAGGAUUCAAAAAAAUGAGUAAAAAGUGCGCAAAAUGUACGAAAUCUGUGUACCCUACGGAGGAAUUAAAAUGUCUGGACAAGAUUUGGCACAAAGCAUGUUUCAAGUGUGAAACAUGUGGCAUGACAUUAAAUAUGAAGAACUACAAGGGCUAUGAAAAACUUCCAUAUUGCUCUGCGCACUACCCACAAACUAAACACACCCAAGUGGCUGAUACACCAGAGACAAGGAGAAUAGCAGAAAACACAAAAAUUCAAAGCAAUGUCCAGUAUCAUGCAGAUUUUGAGAAGCUGAAGGGUCAAAAGACCUCAGUUGCUGAGGACCCAGAGCUGGCUCGCAUCAAACAUAACACUGCCAUCCAGAGCAAUAUUAACUACUGGGGUGUGAGGGAGCAGCGAACUGCCAUGGAGGAGCGUCGACCUGAGGCUCCAGAUGAUGAAGGGACAAGACAUCGCUCCAUUUCCAGCAAGAUUGGGGACUUUGACCAACCCCAAGUUCAGUACAAUUCUCCAUAUUCUGGCAAGACACACGCCAAUGUCGUCUAUGAUUCGCACACUGGUGAAGGCCUACAAUUUUCUGGCGAUGCCUUCCAAGGCUCGGGACGUCGCCAGCCUGGCUCAAUAGAAAAUUAUGAUCCCAUGAGCCAGCAGUAUGGAUCAGGUAUAGGUGUACCUACUGGCUUCCACCACCCUGAGCCAGUUCGUCAAGCACCAUACCAGCCUCAACCACCUCAGAGUUACUCUGAGCCACAGCCGCCAAAGCAGGCAAACAAAGGGAUGGUGUGCCGAGCACUGUAUGACUACUCUGCUGCUGAUACAGACGAAGUUAGCUUCAUGGAUGGUGACCUUAUCAUCCAGUGUCAUCCCAUUGAUGCAGGCUGGAUGGAGGGCACAGUGGAGAGGACGGGCAAGCGAGGCAUGCUGCCUUCCAACUACGUGGAGCGUAUCUGAACAGCGCCAUACUAUACUACGUCUUGUUGCUAUGCUGACUGUUUAAAUGAGUGCAUCAGCUUUUUACCAGAUUGCUCGCACCAUUGUUUUCCACAGUUUUAUUAUAAUUCUUUCCAAGGAACUCACAGGUAACUUUAAUAGCAGGACAUCAAUGAAUAAGCCACUGUUUGGAAAGAUUGGAUGGAAGAAAAUGGAGGUAAAAACCAGCAAGAACUUGCCGUCUGCAUACUCCAGCUGUUAACAUUUUGCAGAUUUUCAUAUAAAGUACUUUUUCCUGCAGUAUGUUUUGACUGUUUUGAUUUCGUUGCAAGAUGUUUGUCUUGCAGGAAUUCUUUAAGCUGCAUGUCUAUACAAAUUUCUUGGUUUCUGCAAGAAGAUUUGUGCUGCAAGUUUUAAAACAUUAAAACAAAAUCUUCACUUAAAAAAGAAUUAUUUCAUGUGAUAUGAGAAUUUUUUGUUAUUUUUUUUUAUGUUGGCCAGUUGUUGUCUUAGAAGACUGUGUGCAUCUUGUGUCACAGAUGAUGUUAACCAGUUCUUGACUUGUCUGUCACAAAUCUAGUUAGAAUAAUCCUCAAAAUAAUCUUCAGAAGUAUAGAUUUCUGUUUGAAAUCAGAAUAGUGUGAACUGUUAGUCCCAUUUUCUGCCUGUUACUAUAUUAGCUUGUUUCAUGUGUGACAAAUGCUUGCCAGCUAGUUUCCAGAGAAAUAUGGUAGGCAUACUAAAAUAGGAAAAAAAUGUUAAUUAAUGUCAUUUGUAGUUCAGAUUAUCAUGAUUAUGAUUUUAUUUUGCUUGAGAGGUAUGUUUAUAAGAAAAAAAAACCAUGAAUAUUCUUAAAAGCAAAUAAAAGAAAAUAUUAAGAGCCAUUUAUUUUCAAGUGGCAGAUGCUAAUCUGUUAUGUGAAAACCUAUGUGUUCCUUUUUUUUCUCAUUUUAGUUUGUUUAGUAUAUUUAUUUUCAUGUAUUUCCAGGUAUUAUCUUUUUCAUCUUUGUCCUUAUUGUGUGGAUGUCACUUUGUUUAUGAAACAGUGAAUAGUAUUUUUAUGUCAAAGAUGAUAACUAUGUAAGAGCUGCUUACCUUACCUUAAUGCUCUGCUUAUAAAUUUACUGGCCUAUCAUGAAGACUUAUAUGAAGUCAGCAUCCUCUUCAUGCUUAUGUUGCCACUGUACCUUUUUUUUUUAAAUUAAAAAAAAAAUACAGAAUAUUCUUGCUUUAACUAUAAUUAAUUAUACAUGUAUGCCAUGGGCAGGCCUGCAAAUGCACAUAAGCAAAAUGAAGAGAAUAGUGUGCACGAAAGUUUUCUUUUUUUUAGUUUGUAAACUGAGUAUUAAAACUGUUUUAUUCUUUCGAGAGCUAAACUGUCAGAAAUAGUUUCCCCUCUUCCAGUAAAUAAUGAUAUCUGAGUAGAUUGCCAGGUGAAGAAAAGACAAAGGUUGUGAUAUAUGUCUUCAUUCUAGAACACACUGCAAAUUAAUAAAAUCUAUUUUUUGGAAAGCUGUAGAUAUUUUACUUGCUCCAGCAACAAAUCUAAAAAGUUAUGUGAACAUAAGUCACAUUUUGUUGACUAGAUUUUUUAGGAAAUAAUUUCCUUGUCUAGCUAGCUUUGGGGCAGUCCAGAAUAUAGUGCAAUUUGUGGAGUAAUUUAGUAUAUUUACUCUACCCUUGGCCAUAACAUUUGAUUUCAGCACUUUUAUAUACACCUGCCAAAUAUAAUGGUGGCCCAGGUAAAUUUUGGAUGAUGGUCUGUUGUGCACUAUGCUUACACAGGAGUAUGCUUGUAUUGGAUUGCAAAAUGUCCUUAUCUCUGAAAACACUUGCAGAUUGUUUAGUUUGCAUCUUAGGAUUGAUUAUUUUUUGAGAAAUAUUUUUAUAUUUGAAGCUUUUAUGCGUUUGCAUAUUGUGGUUUCACUUGUGAGUUUUGAAUGGAAUAUUUUAAGACAGAAUCAUCAGUGGCAUAACUGUAUUUGUAUAUUGUUGAGAUUGAAGUCCAUGUAAAAAUUUUCAACCAGACUUGUUCACCGUCAGUUUGAGCUAUUGUGGCAUGACAGCCAUUUUCAGUCUCUGGCAUCAGCCUGGUACAUUUCAUAGAGGAUGAUAAACACGGCAUUAUGAAAUUGAAUCCAAUUUGCUUUGUGUCAUAAGCUUUCCUUUUUAACGCUAUAUGUGCUUAAUACAAUGAUUAUAUUUACACUCAAAAGGCAUUUUAAAUUCAUUAGGGUUGCUAUAAAUUGUCAACUACUUAUGCCAAGUUUUAUUGCACAGUGAGUUUCUAGGCUGUGCUAUAUAGACUGGGAAAAAUGGAUGCAGGAGUCACAAGCUAAUAAAAGAAGGGCUUGUGAUAACACUUUUUCUGGCAAACGAAAGGUAUGAGACUAGGCUGGAGAGAUGGGUAGUAGUAAAAAUAAUAAUUGUUGCAAGUCUGGGUUUUCUGAAAGAACAAUACAUGCUAAAAACCAAGAAGACAGCUUCAAUGGGUGAUCCCAGGAGAGAGAAUCUUUUGAAAAGGACAUUUUUUUGUUUUUGUUUUUGUUCUUGUUUUUUUUUAAUUUUUUUGAAAGGGUUUAAGAGAAAGGACACUUUUGUGUUGUGUGAAAUUGGGCAUUAAUGUCAGGGUACUGCAAGGAUUUUGCACCCUAAGUUUCAUACAAACCUGCAUGUUUAUGUUCACUUGUGUCAUGCACUGUUGGCAUUCAUACAAAUUUGUGUGAGUAUACACUUGCCAGCCUGCUUAUAUGCUCUGUGAAUUUUAUCAUGCUUUGAGAUGUCUUACAACUUAUGUCUUGAAAUAAGAAUGCGCUACAGAGGAAACAAUAAGAUAUGCACCAGUUCUUUGAGCCUAUUAGUUUAUUUAAUGUAAAAUUUACUGAUGCAGAUGACUGAAUGGUUGUGAUGUCGUUGUCCAAAUUUUAGAACAAAGCAGCUUUGUCACUUUUAAAAAAUAUAAUUAAGAGUUGAUUUGCACAAUAAGGAUUUUGUUCCUUUGUGGAAUGUAAUUGCUGCCCAGUAGUUUGAUGUUUUGCUUUUGAUAGCUUACCCUUUUCAUAAUUUGCUCAGAAGUUUUGAAGUUAGUUGAUAGUAAUGCUGUUUAGGGAAGGUUCAUAUUUUUGUACUGGGAACUAUCUCUUACUUGGUAGCAUGCUACACAAGCAUGCUUUCUGAGAUACCCAUUUUUUUAAUCUGAAUGCAUAAUAGCUUUAGUGUGAAAGGCAGUACAUCCAUGUUAGUAAAAUCCUAGUAUAAUUUGCCUUUGGACAGCUUGAGUUUUGUCCCUUAGUGACAGAUUUUGUUUUUAAUCAUUUUUGCAUGUUACCAGUUGCUUGCUGUUGCUUAUUUGUCUCUAAUGAUCAGCUGAACUAUUAUACCAGUUACAAACCAUAAACUAAUAUACAUCCUUUACUUUUUUUUAUAAUACUUGACAUUCACAUUUUCUUUUUCUUUAUAAAUCCUUAAGCAAACUAAGCCAAGUUUGUCUUCUGCAAUAACUUUUUUUCCCUUUCUUACGUUGGAAACAUGGUUUAUCCUAGUUGUUUCAUAUUCAGUUUUUUUUCUUACUACCCUGUCACAUGUGGCAUCAUAACUUUUGUCCCUAUUGCCUUAUUUCAAGACCUGAAAUAGAGAAAUGUUUGGUUUAGCCUUUUUUUUUUUUUUAAAGCAAUAUACACAUGGGGUAUAUUGUACAACAUAGUUUGCAAGGAAAAUGGUACUAUAUCUAUUGAGUUAUGCUGUCAACAGCACGGCUGUUGCAGGGAUGGAGUAUCCAUCAUGCUAGUAAUUAACCAGGCUUGUUCUUCUUUUUUUGCAAUACUCUUUUCAUCAGGAGUCAGUUUUAGGGGAAAGGAAGAUGGUUAAUUUUUUGAUUCUGUAUGGCUAAAGCUUGACAUCCAUGUAAAAAAAAGCAUAAAAUAUGCAUUAAAGUUCAAAAGAAGAUUAUUUAAAAAGGGGGGGGGGGAACAAGCUGAAGUCUUAUUCGGUCUGAAAAAUCUUGUUGAUUUUUGGGAUUAUAUGAAGGUUCACAUGAUCAUUAGAAAAGGUAUAGCUGCUGUCAUUGAUCCCUAUGUUCAUAACAGUAGACUAGUGAAAAGCCUCUUUUGACAGUACUAUUGACUAGGUCAGGACAUUAAUAGAUUACAUUUUAGACACCUAGCCUUUGUUUUUGUUUUUUGAAUGAAAAUGUGAGGAGCAAAAAAUAUGUUAUGAAAACGCCAGCUUGCUUUCAUGCUAGUUUGCAUUAUAUACAAGACAGUACAUUGGCACGAAAAUUUCUUAAAGGAUGGAAUGUAACUUGCGUAAGAUAUAUCAAACAUAUGGAAUAUUUAUUUGUGGUGAUAGUGCGUGCUUGUUCAGUUAUUAUCAAGACUCUUAUAUCUUGGCUAUUUAAACACUUCCUCUUAUUACCAUUAUGACUAUUUUAUGCUCCCCUUAUGAUAGAACUUUAUUUCACAUGCCUAUGAUCAGUUUUUUUUUACUCAUAUAUGUUAACCAUGUAAGCUAGGCAUAACUAAAAUUAUUCUUGUUGGCUUAUCUUUGGUCUAAUUGGAAGGUGCUUGAAAUCAUGUGCUGUUUGAUUAUCCUGUGGCUGUUUCUUUUGGGUAAAGAUUGCUAUAAAGAAAUGGUAGAAAUGUAGAAUUUUUUUCAGUCUGUCUAAUCACAAGAAGCCUAAUUUACUUCUGAGCAAACUUUAAAUAUUGUCUGCCAUUGGUUUUCUUCUCCCUCCCCUCCCCCCACCUGCAAUCUGUUUUCAGUUCGCUUUAUACAAUCAAGAUUCAAAUAAAUUAUUUGAAUUUUA